AGGAGGAAAAGGAAGUCUUGGGAAACCAGCCUGGUUGCCCACAACGGAGAAGCCAUGCAGCAGGUAGAGGCCGGAAAGCCUUUAAUUAAAUUCACGCACUGUAAGAAACGCAUCUACAGCUUCCGCGUGCCGCGCUGCUGCCCCCUCUGCCAGCAGGACAUGGGCUCGAGGAAGCUGGAGGAAGCACCUGUUAGCAUCUCUCAUCCGUUUACCAACGGGCAUCAAGAAAAAUGUUCAUUCCUCCUCAGACCAACUCAAGGGACGUUUCUUAGGGAGUACGACGGAAGGUCUGAUCUUCACGUUGGAAUAACCAACACAAACGGAGUGGUGUAUAAUUACACCGCGCACGGUGUCCAGCGAGAUGAGACAGGCUGGGAGCAGAGUGUAAGCAUCCCGUUACUGCAGCCUGGCAUGUUUGGACUGAUGGACCAGUGGGACAAGUACCUGGAAGACUUCUCUACCACGGGGGCCUGGCUGCCUCACAGGUAUGAAGAAGACCAUCACAACUGCUACAGUUAUACCCUCACGUUCAUUAACUGCAUUCUGACCACAGAAGGCAGGGAGCAACUGGACAAGGCCGAGUUCACGGAGAAAUACGUGGUCCCGAGGACAAGGAAGGUUUCCAAGUACAUCACCCUCUACCGGGCGAUAGAAGUGCGUGGCUUCUACGUGGUCGACGACCCUGAUCAAGAGACAAGCUCUGCUCCAGGAAGUGCUUUGUGCUGAGUGUGCUGCGUAAGAGCAGAAGGGACAGAAGUUUGGGGGUUACUACCUUUAAUAAGUGUUAGGGAUUUCUAAAUGUGUUGAACUGUGGUUAUUAAAAAAGUGUUAUGGCUCUCCUUUAAGCAUAUUUCAGCUUAAUGCAGUGUAAGAAUUUAUAAAAUUAAUAAAAAUUGCCCUGGGUUUUCAAAGUUGUAUGCAUUACAACUAAAUUCCUUUCACAAUGGUUCGGUUUUUAAACUGAGAAUCCAUAUUACGGCAUAAAGUGGCAGCAUCUUGUGUUCACAGAGCAAUGAAAACUCUUCUCAUAUGUUAAUUAGAGCUGAACAAAUUCACCUUUCCAUGUGAAUCCAGAAAGUGCGGAUUUGUAGGAAGGUGAGUGAGACACUUGAAAUUUAUGAAGUAAUGAGUACCUUCACCUCACUGUUUUAUUUAAAAAGCACGUGGUAACUUUUUGAGAGUCAGUAAUAGUGAAAAAAAAAGAAAGAAAAAAAGAUCUCAGAAUCUAAGUUAGGAAAUGGGCACUCUUCAAUUAGCCUUUCUGAGUCUGUGUGUAAACUGGACUGGCAAUUCCUCAAGCCAGCAGAACGCCAGUCUGUUUCCUUCUCAUUUUGCCUGACCUGACUCGAGGAGGUUGGGGUGUUUGGUUUACCACAGCAAAGGACCUCCUCUGCCUACAUUAAAUGUAGAAUUCAGAAAGGACAUUAGGAAAGGUCUUGUCUCCUCUAACAUCUUCAGGAGGAGAAAGGGGAAAACUGGGAUGAAUAACGAUAAAGAAAUGACAUGAUUUUUAACAAGCAUAUUAGAAUUUGUAAACCCAAAUAAUCAUCAAACUUUAGCCAGUGAGCAAAACAUUUCAGAAUUCCUUUUUGGCAGCUGCUUCCAGAACUUUGUUUACAGAUGAAACAUGAAAUACUACUCCACCACCAAAUGAUGUCUGAUUUCCAAAAACCAAACCCAUCUUCAAGGUUCCCAUCUUCAAUGUACCAAACCCAUCUUCAAGGCACCAAUAAUUAUUUAGUAAUAAAUACAUUGAGAAAACUUGCUACAGAUCCUUAAAGCUUGUUUCCAAAAAGAAUUAGCAAUAUUGAGGACAGCAAUGCAGAAGUGCUCCAGAUGGAGGAGGAAAGAGAACUAAGACUAAAAAGAAAUGAAGAAACUCUCCCGAGAAAUAUCCAACUCAAUGAGGAAAUCCAACAUAAGGAUUAUAGGUAUUCCAGAGGGAGAAGAGAGGGAAAAAGGAGCAGAGAACUUGUUCAAAGAAAUAAUAUCUGAGAGCUUCCCAAACCUGGGGAAGGAGCCAGAAAUACCAGUGAAUAAAUAAAUAGAUCUCCUAAAUAUAUCAACAUGAAAAGACCCUCUCUAAGGCAUAUAGCAGUAAAGCUGGCAAAAGUCAACAACAAAGAAAAAAUAUUAAGGGCAGCUAGACAAAAAAAAUAAAUAAAUAACAUACAAAGGAUUUCCUAUCAGGCUCUCAGCCGAUUUCUCGACAGAAACUUUACAGGCUAGGAGAGAG